CGGGCCGUGAACGCCUCAGUCCGACCAUUCGGAUGCUGCAGAGUCUGAAGCAGAAGUCGCUCCCCGAUUCUUUCCUGGGGGGGAGAAUGGUCGUGCGGGGGGGCCAGCUGCCGCUCCACUGACAAACAUGGAUUCUUCUUCAGGUGAUGGAAAACAGCGGACAAGGCUCCGUCAUGUCAUUCUGGUACUUCUGAUCUGGAUGUUUCUGUACAAGAACGUACGGAGCUGCAGCUCGACAGACUGUAACGCGGUGCUGAGGGAGGCCGAGGGAGGCUUCACGUCGCCCUGCUACCCCCAGAAUUAUCCCAAUUUGCUGACCUGUACUUGGAAAAUGCAGGCCCCACCCGGGUACAUCAUCCAACUCUCCUUCCUGGACUUUGAACUGGAGGAGGCGUCUGGCUGCAUGUAUGACCAGGUUGUGGUGAACAUGGGUAACGCCGACGCUAAGUUCUGUGGCCUGACGGCCAACGGGCUGACGCUGAACUCGACGGGGAAUUUUAUGGAGCUGUCCUUCAAGUCGGACUUCAGCGUGAGGAAGAGGGGGUUCAGUGUUAGCUUCCGUCACGUUGCCGUUGCGCUGAGGAAUCAAAAGGUGACGGUAAACAAUGGCAAUGGACAAGUUGCCAUGGUCUCCAGCUCUGUUGCCAUCCCAACGCUCUUAGAACUGACCGUCUGCUUUGAGGUGGAGCGGAUCGCCAACAAGCAGAGAGAGUGGCUCUUCUCCUACUAUGGUUCUGGCAACAGCGUGAAGCUUAGCUUUGGCUCUGAUCAGUCCGGGACGAAGGUGGUUGUUGACGGAGAACUCUGCCCAGUUGGCUCCAUCAUCUCCACUGCUGACUUCACCUCCUCCAUGAGGCCUUUGUGUCUCACCUGGACUUCUUCAAAAGGCCAGCUAGCGGUUUACUUUAACGGCGUCUUCUCAAAUGUGAACUGCUCUGCUUCAAUCAACCACUUUGUACCAGCGGGUGGAAUCUUCCAACUGGGAGGGCAGCAGAGCUUUGAUGGGAACAUCUACAACCUGCGACUAUGGAACCACACCAUGACAGUGGAGGAGCUAAGAAGUCUUACCUGUGACCAGGAGGGGAACGUCAUUGACUGGGACAACAGCCACUGGACAGUUCCCUCGUCUCUGGUUCAGAUUGACAACACACUCAGCUGCAUCUGCUACCCGCAUUGCACUCAUUUAACUUCAGCUGCGCCUGCUAGUGGCGUCAACACACCAUUCAGCAGCGGCUGUACCACCAUGGGAUGUCCAGUGGAGAAGACUUCUGCAAACUCCCCCCCGCCUGGAGGCCGGCCCCCACAGCCCAAACAUCUGGCUGCUGCUCCCGGCCAAAGUUUGGACUUCAUUUUUGGAUUAAUUACAGCGAGAGACUCUGUUUGUAAACCUGCUGGACCACAGGUCCAACCUGCAAUCAGACCAUGUAGGCGAGCGAGCUCCCCCAGCCAAGAAGCUUCUCUAGCUCACACCCACCCCCACCCAAAGGCACUGAUUCGGGCCAAAAGGUUCGCCCCGAUCCCCAGCCCUUCAUCUCCGCGAGAACAUCCUCGCUCUAGAACCCAGUCCUUCCUCCGAGGAGUGUCCGCCUACCGGACGUCCAAGCUCUCCCUGGGCUACAUCUCCACCCCCCUGAGGAAGAGGCCGAACAGUGGGAGACGCCCUCCCCGCACCACCUUCCCCCCCGGGAAGUUGGAGGUUCGAAUCACCAAACCAACUGUCGCUCCGACAGCCUGGCCUGAGCUGAAAGGCGUCCACCGAGCCACUACCAAGGAGAGCGCCACGGCUGUCCCGCGCCCCCCGGCCCCCCAGGGGCCAUCCGCGGGACAGCAUCAAGAAGAUUUGUUCUACCGGGUUUCCUUCUGGACCACAUCAGAGCUGAGUCAGCAGGCCGUGGAAAGAGCCGUGUCACUGCUGCUUAAUCAAGCUUUCCAUAAGUGGACCCACUCCGUGGAGCACUUCAGUGUUGUGAAGACAGGAGCUGGCUCCAACAGAUUCUCCUGCCAGGCGCUCCUCCUGAUCUCCAACGAGAGCCUGAGUGCAGACGACGUGUCUGCGCAGCUGACCGGCCGGCGGCUGCUGGAGGACUCGCAGCUGCAGCUCUUCUCCGUCAGCGUCCGUUUAAUUGAGAAUUGUCAGGAAGACGUUUUUCUGAACUACUACUGGCCCGAGACCAGACCCAGAACCACGCAGCUCCUGCCCUGCUUCCCCGACAAGAACCAGAGCGCCACCAGGACCUGUUUGAUAAAUCUAAACGACUAUUCCCCCUACUGGGCGUCUGCAGACUUCACCAACUGCACGGUGACGGCAGAAAACGCUGCUGAUGUUGCAGAGAAGCUCGCCAACUUCACCAGGAACGGCCUUUCUGACGACGAGAUUUCUCACGUGGUGACAAAAGUGCAGCAACUGGUGAACGUGGCCAAGAUCGACGCGGCGGUGGCUGAAUCCGUGGUCAGCAUCAUCUCCAACGUCAUGACCAGCUCAGAGGCGGUGCUGGGGAACGCCUCCAACAUAGCUCUGAGGACCGUGGACGAGUUGGCUCAGAAGCUGGAGUUCGACGGUCUGUCCGUCAACAUCACCUCCAAGCAUCUGGCUUUGGGGAUCCUGGCCUUCAACGCCACGACCUUCAACGGAUCCUCGUUCAGCGCCUUCAUCCCUCCGAACUCCGCCGAUCCAAAGAUCGAGUUUGAGCAAACGGCGAACCCUUUGGCGCAGGUGACCCUCCCCGGCUCCCUGCUGUCCGGCGUCUCCCUGAGCGACGCCGACAGGUCGUCUCUGUCCAGGAUCAACUUUGUGUUCUUCAGCAACACAAACCUCUUCAAGAAGGAGCAGGACAGUCUGUCUCUGAACAGCUACGUGGUCGCCAGCAGCGUGGGGAACCUCUCCAUCAGAGACCUGAAGGACCCGGUCCGGAUCCAGAUCGCUCACCUGACCGAGCAGACCUCCUCCCAUCGGUUCUGUAUGUUCUGGGACUUCACUCUCAAUAAUGGCGAUGGAGGCUGGAAUGAAAGAGGCUGCAGUGUCUCUAAGGAAUCCACGAGGAACAAAACCAUCUGCCUGUGUAACCACCUCACACACUUUGGCGUUCUUAUGGACGUUUCCCAAACUUCAUCCCAGAUUGACCCAAAGAACAAGAAGAUCCUGACCUUCCUGUCGUACAUCGGCUGCGGCGUCUCGGCCAUAUGUGCCGCCGCCACACUCCUCACCUACAUCGCCUUCGAAAAACUGCGGCGAGACUACCCGUCCAAGAUCCUGAUGAACCUCAGCACGUCCCUGCUGUGCCUCAACAUGGUCUUCCUGCUGGACGGCUGGCUGGCCAGCAUGGUGGACAGCGCCGGCCUGUGCACGUCCGCCGCCGUCCUCCUGCACUACUUCCUGCUGACCUCCUUCACCUGGAUGGGGCUGGAGUCCAUCCACAUGUACAUAGCUCUGGUCAAGGUCUUCAACACCUACAUCCGCAGAUACAUCCUGAAGUUCUGCGCCGUGGGAUGGGGCCUGCCUGCAGUGAUCGUGGGGAUUGUUGUCACGGUGGACAAAAGCCACUACGGCAUCCUGGAGGACAGCAAAGAUGAGUCGGCAAAAAUGUGUUGGAUCAAGAACCAGAGUGUCUUCUACACCACCUGCGUGGGCUACUUCUGCCUGGUGUUCCUGCUCAACGUGGCCAUGUUCAUCGUCGUGAUGAUGCAGAUCUGCGGCCGCAACGGCAAACGCAGCAACCGCAGCCUGAGAGAAGAGGUCCUCCGAAACCUCCGGAGCGUCGUCAGCCUCACCUUCCUACUCGGGAUGACGUGGGGCUUUGCGCUGUUCGCCUGGGGGCCCGUCUACCUGGCGUUCACCUACCUCUUCACCAUCUUCAACUCCCUGCAAGGUGUUUUCAUAUUUAUUUUCCACUGCGCUCUGAAGGAGAAUGUGCAGAAGCAGUGGAGGAGGUACCUGUGCUGCGGCCCCUACAGGCAGUCCGACAACUCAGACCUGAGCAAAACGCCCACCAACAACACCAAGAAGGUGAGCUCAGACAACCUGGCCAAGUCUCUGUCCUCCAGCUCCUUUGGCUCCAGCACCAGCAACUGGACCUCUAAGGCCAAAGCCACGCUCACGCCGUUCAGCAAACGCUACAGGAACGCCGAUAAAAGUGGCUCCAACCAGAACAACACCAAGUGCAACUCUUCCUCCUCUGACGUAGCACCAAACUCGUCUUCCUCUUCCUCCGCCAUCCCCCCGGUCAGCCAGAUGAUCGACAAGGUGAAAGGUUACUGCUCCACCCGCACCGACAACUUCUACAAAACCAUCAUCAGAUCCGAGAGCCUCAUCAACUGCACCAGACUGUAAAUGUGCCGGCCGAGCCCGGACCUCCAGGUGGUUCCGGAAGGUGUCUUGUAGAAACUUAAUUUAUGUUGGACACCUGACUGGAUGAGACUCCGCGUGUGAAGCCACUUUGGACCUUCUGUUGAAGCGUUUCUGCUGUGGCGGCAGACAUUCCAGGCCCCUCCAAGGACCUCUACAUUUUCACCCUAACCCUCUCCUGAAAAUGUUCCCAACAUACUGGAACAGUUCUUCGUGUUUUUUACAGGUUUUUACCAGCAGCCUCCAGACAAAGACUAUAGAUAUACAUCAGCUACAGACCUUCAUGUCAGGAGGGUGCUUUUUAAACAGACUUUUGUACCUGCUAUUCUUUUUUCCACCUAGAACUUUUUCUUUUGUAAAUUUUAAUCAAGUUUGUGUUAACUGUGUUCAUUAUGUACAGUCCUCUUUGUUGAUAAAGCCCCUUUCUUCUGUCCUUUAAACUGAGAAAGCAACAACGCGGUUGUUUCUUCAGUAACUGUAUGAAUGGAUGAAAAAGUGAGCAAACGUCUUGCUGUGAAUAUUUAAUAUAUAAACGUAUGUAAAGUAGUUGAUGUGACAUAAACCUUCCCAACAGUCUGCUGCACAAACCACAAUCAUUUGCUUUGAGUUGCCCAGAUAAAGCAAAAGCUUUUCCUGGUUUUCCAAAAUCAGACCGGAAGAGUCCGGCACAUGCAGCUUGAUUUGGUGUGUGGUUGAACACACCUGAUCCAGGUAACUAGCAGCAGGUAUGGAUGUCUGAAAAAAUAGGCCAGGUGGUGGAUCUGGAGAUCUGCAUCUUACCUGCCAACGCUGUUGCUAACACUUAACGGGCGCCUAACUGAAAGACAAUGUGGGCGUCACAGGUGAGGAGUUCUAGAAACCUGGUCUACCUCCUCUGGAUUUGUGACUUUUUGGCGUAGUUUUUCAACUUUUAAACCCAAAGACCAAAUGCGCACACGGACGUGCACCGACAACAACACUCAUGACGAUGUUCUCCCUCAAAGGAACAGUCUGAGGUCCACCUGGAUGGUUGCUACCUGAGUCCAGGAACAAAAACCCUAAAGGUGGUAAUUCAUUGAACUCUAAGAUGUGAAGCCACACCCCCGCAGGUGAGAGUCCUCUUGUAAUUAGGCCACCUCCAAUUAUCAUUAUCACCAUAAAGACUCAGAGGCUCAAAGUCAGGGUAAACAUAUCAAGAUUCACUUGCAACAAGCCCAAAGCCACAUUUUCUGUCCUGGUGGACCAGAGUUGAGAUGGUCUCUUGAAGAGGACCGCUGACAGAAACAGACUUUAGUGAAUCUACUGUGAGUUUGCUUUGACUUCUGUCCUCUGCAGGUACAUCUUGACCUGAGCAGAGUCUCUGUAGUGUCUGUAGAUUUGUGUGAAAUAGAUGCUUGAACGAUUCGUC